UUUCACUCAGGGAUAUGGAAAUUAUACGUACACUUUUCUAUCGCGUGCGUACAUUCUCAGGUUUGACUAAAAUGAUACGUACGUAUUUGUAUCGCGCGCGUAUUUCUCAGGUACCGACUCAAAGUACGGAAAUGGUACGUAUACCAACGCCAUCUGAUAUAUCAUUUCUGUUUCGAUCUUUUUCCGGUAGCCGAGUAGCGUGGGUACAGUCCAUUAAUGUUGUGACGAGCAGUGACGAGGCAGAUCGAUUGAUCGAUCUAAUUAAUAUCAAAGGUGAGGAUGCUGUGCGCGCUUGCAGUGAGCGCAUAGAAGCCGGCUUAGCUCCGCGGGGAUCACUGGGAGACGGGUGUGGUGCGUCAAUGAGUUGACUUCGUUGUCCCAAUUAACAAUUUAUUGAAAGAGAGACUUCCGGAUCGGUCGUCGCUGUUGGUCGCACCUUCCGUCCUCGCUGGGCGGACGCGCUCGAAUCGUCGAACAAUGUUUUUUGUCGCAGAGAGGUCUUCGCGGACGGAAGACUUCGGAGGUCGCUUUCGCGAUACAAGAAUUGAGAGCCUGACUCGCUCCGGUCGGCAGCUUUAGACUUCGCGAAACUGAGAUGCGCCUGAUGAGACGUCAAACGUUUUAACUUGAGAGAGUGUCGCACGAGUUAGAUCGCCCGUUAUAGCGAGACGGAGCUUUUAUCUCCGCAGUUUCAAAGCUGGCGAUCGGUGAUUGGUUCGGCCUCGCGACACAUCGAGAUGACUUUCCUUUUUCGUUGUUGAUUUAUUAGAGCUUUGAUUUCGCGAUCCGAAUUUAGAUUGCCAUAGCAACCAGCUAGCAAACAAAAUAGAUCGAAGAGUCGCGAGACCGAAUGUUUACCGGCGACGCGGGUCACAGGUAGCACGUACAGAAAUCUGUAUAUCAUCGACUUCUCGAAAAUUCUAAAUAGAAUCUUCGAGAAGCCUAGGUCGAUCGAUUCGAGGGAAUCGCGAACGGCGACAAGAUUUUAGUAAAAUAUGAGGCGAGUCCCGAACAGAUGCCAUUAGCAGUAAAGGUUCCUAGUGUAAGAUUCUCUACUAUCUCUGGCUCCCAUCGACUCCAAGUAGUUGAAAGCGUCGCUCACCGACGGCCGAGAACGCCGCAAAGGCGAUAAUCGCAAUCAAUUAGU